AAAACUUUUCCUAUCUGAUCGAAUCAUAAUAAUACUCUACAAUGGCGAAAGAUAAUUCUCCGACAAUGGUGAUGGUUGAAGACGUGAUGCUAGAGAUCAUGUCUUAUUGUCCUGCGUCGGAAAUGGCAAAACUUCGUCAACUGAACAAAGAGUACAACAGACGAAGCUAUGAGUUGAGUUUUAUCAAACGUCAACUUGAUAGAACCAACUCUUUCUUCGGCUAUAUAUUUCAUUACCGAGACCAAAAGUUUCGUAGUCGCUCCAGUUUUGUCUCUGCUUUCAAUGGUGAAGAAAAAAUCCCGAUCAGUCUUGCAUUUCUUCCUCCCCGUCACAACAAUGUCGCGAUCAAAGCUUGUGACACACAUCAUGGCAUUUUGCUAUGUGUCGAUGAUAAUGUGUAUAAAGGUGGGAGAAGAAUACCAGACUACAUCGUUUGUAAACCGGCUACAAAACAGUACCGGAUCAUACCAAACCCGAAGACCCGGUGGUUCACUGUCGCAACCGGUUUAAUGGUGGUUUCUUCUAACCCGUUUCGGUAUAAGAUCAUUAGGGUGUCUGAUACAAAUGCAAAAGUGAGUAAAAAUGGUGUUGAUAGUCUUUCUUGCGAAGUUUACGAUUCUGUUUCGGACGCUUGGAAGCGACUACCAAAUAUGGAAACGGACGAGUUUUUUCCCGGAGAUGUUAAACCGGUAUCGGCUUACGGUUGCUUGCACUGGUUAACGGAGAACAACAAUGUUAUGCGGUUCUGUAUGAGAACCGAAACAUGGUCUAUCUUCCCUGUUCCGAACGAGCUAGUGGGCGAUAGCUGUCUCAUGUUGGUCAGCUACGAAGGGAAGCUAGGUGUGAUCCAUUCUAGAUGGGGAGAAGGAUCUGAUAUAUGGGUUCUGGAGAAGAGUUUUGCAACAUCGUGGGUACGUUUGGAAGAUGCGAAAGUCAAAGCAUUAGGCGGUGAUGAUAUCUUCAAGGCGCAACCCAUAUGGUUCCCAAGUAACGACAGUGUAUCAAGGUCGAGCAGUUCUAGUCUCGGUCUCUACAACAUGAACAACGAUAUAUAUAGUUACUUGUAUAGGAUGCAAGAUUUCUACCAUAUGUAUUGUCCUGCGAUGAAAUAUUUUGUCCCAUUCCACUCAAACUACGAGAGAGUUUGUUUGAACAGAGAUGGAGAAUAA